UCCGUUUAGUUCCAUUUCAAAUUUUGUGACGAAGGCCAAAAUUCGUCCGUUCUGCCGACGAAAAGGUCGAACAUAUCUGAAAUAGAAAGAGAGUUUGCAUGUGGAGUUAUCCUUGACUGCAGCCUGUUCUUGACUAAAACGAGAAUGCAGCUGCCGAACGACUGUUUCAAAUAGUGCAGGGCCCUUUUCUAUGGAGCUUUGGAGCCGAACGAGCGUGCCCUCGUUUGGUAGUUCUCUCCGGUAUGUCUUCCUUGUCCUGUUCUUCUGUGCUCUGGUUGGCGUGCAAAGUAUUCGACCACGUAGCGUACUAGCUGCCGGCACCGGUCUUAGUCCGAGUUAUGAGCAUGGAGGUUCACUCGUUGCGGAGCUUUGCGGGGUGCGGAGUAGUCAGCGUGGGAGUAAAUCGAACCGCUACGCCGAGUUUCAAGGGGCCGUCCGUAUAGAAGAAUCAACCGGAACACAACAGGAAGUCAUAUCCAGGCUGACCCAGGAUUCGCUUAUCUCAGCCACAACUCCGUACCAGAUAAGAUCAUGGAAUGUGAAAGACACUGAGCUACUCUGCUCCAGCUUGCUAUUCACUCUUGUUGCGAUGAUCACCUUAGGCAGCAUCUCCAUGCAGGAUGGGAACGUCCGGGGCCACAAUGUCCGCUGGACACUUGGCGUACUCCUACUUGUCAUAGUAUGUGCAUUGUGCCCUCACCGUGUGUCAGGGCAGCAGUCGGGUAGUGGUGAUGGCGGGUCGGGGAGUGGUGACAAUGCUUCGGCCGUGUUGUACAGUGCAUCGUCUGAGCUAUCACCGUCACCGGGUGUCCCUACGAUUAUCUUACCACCCGAACCAUUCACCAGCUCUGUACACGCAAUGCCAUCGAUUGACAUUAGCAGUACGAGUGCAGUUGUGAUGUCAACACUGUACGCAUCGGAAUCUAUCAUUGAUUCCGGUGGCAGCGGAUCAGGAGACUCUCCAAUAAAUUCUUCACCUACCUCUGUUAGCCCUCUCAUAUCCACACAGGUGCCGGCGUCGGAGUCUCUGUUUGAUCCCAGUGGCAGCGGAUCAGGGAAUUCUCUAAACUACUCGGUAUCAACCUCUGUUGGCGCCCAAAUUCCUACCCAGAUGCCCAGCUCCCUUGCUACUCAAUCAGAAUCUUCAGUAGAUUCUACAGGGCAGAUUGUCUCGUCCACACGAGCAGUGGGUUCAGGGCAGGAAAGUGGUGGUGAUGACGGAUCCGGGGAUGUAGUCGCUACAUCGAUACAUACAUCUGCGAGCUCUGUGCUGGUGUCACAAUCCACAAGCGUUGUGGUUUCUGCGUCUUCCGUCACGCCUGGGUUGGGGGACGCAUUCACGUCGGUCUCCUCAAUGAAUCCAACCGGUGUACUCUCUCCUUCUUCUGUUGUAACUAGCACCCUGCCGGCAUCUGUACCACGUGUAUCCAUCACUGCCGUUCCUGACGAAUCAGGUUCUGGCAGUCCGGGAUCCGGGGAUAUGGAGACCACAGCAAUAACUGUAAUCUUUUCAUCCUCUGCUACUUAUACUGAUUUCGUCCCGGUGCCGACUAUUCCGCUGUUUACUUCGGUUCUAUCUACAUCUGGAUUCAUUCCGCUGGUGGAGACCACACCGUUUAUGUUGUCUACUGGCCUGCCGUUGCUGGGGAGUUCCCAGAUUUCGACAGCUGGCUCAUCGCUGACAGAUAUUCCUGUACCGACCAUGGUUGAAGCGAGUGCAACGGUGUCUCCAACGCUGGCGCAGUCUGGUCCCAUCCCAUCUACUGUCACUGCUCCCUCGUCGACAGUUCCAACAUCCGGUGACGGGAGCGGUAGCGGCGAUGUACCCAACUCUGCUCAUGUCCAGUCGUCAUCGCUUGCGGACCGCGACGACCAAUCUGCAACAACUGUGGUGCAGCCUAGCCUUCCUGUAUUGUCCACUGUGGACGGUAGUGGCGAUAGCGUGGUAUCAACGUCCGUAACUCCACCAGAGUCGACAAGCAGGGAUAAUACCGCGUUGGUGUCUGCAUCAACAGCCAUACCAGUGCCGGUUUCACCGACCGUAGAAGGCAGUGGAGAGGACUCCGUAAUGAUGACGUCACUAACGCCUGUUUCGUCGCCCGUCGUUCCUCCCUCUUCUUUUGCGGCCACAUCCACAUCAACAGCCAUACCAGUGCCGGUUUCACCGACCGUAGAAGGCAGUGGACAGGACUCCGUAAUGAUGACGUCACUAACGCCUGUUUCGUCGCCCGUCCUUACUCCCUCUUCUUUCGCAGCCACAUCAACAGCAUCUUCCUCCGUGGAUGCAUUGAUUUCUUCAUCGUCUCUAGAUGCCGGAAGCGGCUCUGGUGAGGGAUCCUCUACAACAUCGGCCAUGGUCUCACUCGUUGCCCCGACGACAGUGGACGACGGCAGCGGAAGUGGCGAGCCGUCCACGAUGAUCCAGCCAACACCAGUGUCGUUUCUUCCACCAGAGCCGACAAUUCCCGUGUUUUCCACAUCACCCAGUAGCGACUCGUUCGCAACUUCAAACCUUUUCACCAGUAGCACGCUUCUAUCGAUGCAGGACAGUGCUUCAUUGUCCAGUGUGGUGAGCAUCUUCCCUAGUGACAUUGAUAGUGGUGGCUCAGGAUCCGGACUGUCAGCGAGCACAGAGGAGCCACCGGUACCAACCCUGGUAGUGCCGUCCGACACGAGUCUUGUUGCAUCUGUUCAACCUGCAACUCCACUAUUUACCACCAUCAUGACUUCCUCGCCUUCUAUUCUCCAUUCACCAUCUGCGAGUGAUCCACCACCUUACUCUGUUGUCAUGACAACCUCUGUAUCGAUGGAUGAAAGCGGAGCGGGGAGCGGAAGUGGUGACAAUUCGCCCGUCCUGUCGCCGAUGGUAACUACUUCUGCCGUGGGUAUGAUGAGUGAUGCAAGCUCGUCGACGGACAUCCUACCGAGUCUCGGCACAUCGGUUCCAGAAACACUCGUACUGUCUAGUAAUGAAGGCAGUGGCUCUGGCUUGUCAAUAACACCACCACCCGUCCCCUUGUCCAUCACCGAUGUGCCAGUUCCGACCUUUAUCGUGGAGGAGACAACCACCGUGAUGUCGUUCGAGCAGCCCAUUUCUAGCCAAGGAUCGUUGUCCUUGCCGCUACCUACUUCAACACCGGUAAUAUCUUUGUCGACACUAACAUCCGACGGGUCCGGGGAUGACAGUGGAAGCGGCAUGACUCCACGCGUUCCAACGUCUCUUCCUUCAUUUACACUACUGACGUUGUCGCCGAGCAUCACAGCCAUCGCAUCCUCAGCCAUGCACCAACUGUCUACUGUGGUGUCUUCCGAUGGGUCCGGGGAUGGGAGCGGAAUGACUUCAACAUUUCCUUCUACUUUUCCUUCAUUAACACUGCUAGCAUCGUCAGCGAGCAGUACAGGAACCACAUCCUCGGCCGUACAGCAGCUGUCUACCGUGGUGUCUUCAGAUGGGUCCGGGGAUGAAAGUGGAAUGACAUCAACUACUCUCCCUUCAUUGACUCUGUUAGCAUCGUCAGUGAGCAGUACAAGAACCACAUCCUCGGCCGUACGGCAACUGUCUACCGUGAUGUCUUCAGAUGGGUCCGGGGAUGAGAGUGGAAGUGGCAUGACGUCGCCAGCACCGUUUUUCUCCACGACCACUCCCUCGACACCGCUGUCAACACCACCGCCUAGCUCAUCACCAACGGAAGCACCGACAAUAAUCGUACCAUCACUACCAACAUCCGUUGUGGUGUCCAUCUCCGCAACGAUCGUUCAAUCCGGCGAUGGAUCUGGUAGCGGAGGCGGUAGUGGUGACACAGCUAGUGUAGUUACUUCCCUGUCCACAGUGCGUUCAAGUGGUGCAGUCGAUGAAACUACAUCAAUGUUCUCUUCAAUGGGAACACCAUCCAGCCAGCCAAUUGUGGGAUCCUCUGCCAAAGUUGAAUCUACACAAUUCUUCACUUCGUCCAGUGCAGCAUCGAGUGGUGAUGGUUCCGGAAGCGGCGUAGGGGCGACAACAGAUGUCCUCGACCUAAGCAGCAUGACAAUCAGCGACCGCAGCAGCGUACCUUCAACUCGCGCGGAGACGGUAACAGAGACUGUGAGUUUGUCUCAAAGCGUUUUGCUGCCUUUAACAUCUGUGUUCAGUGGAAGCGGCAGUGGCAGUGGUGAGCCAUCCCUCGUAAUGAGCUCUGAAUCGGUAUCAAGCCAUUCACCGAGCAUAACACCAUCAACACCAUUCGUUACGUCACCAACAACAGUAUCGAUUUCAUCGGCAAGUAUGGUUGAUGGCUCAGGCAGUGGUCAGACCAUAUCCGCAUCGUAUACACAUUUGGUGUCGACCUCGACCCUCCCUGUUACCGAAGCGCUGUCAACUUCAAUGGCUGACUUAUCAUCACCAAAUGUAGAACCCACUUCUACAUUCACUGACGAUGGCUCUGGUAGCGAUAGUGGGGAAAGUCCCAUCAUCACGCCCACACCAGCCAUGUCAAGCACCACCGACUUACCUCCAAUCCCGACAGUUAUGCCGCUUACGAGCUUGAGUAGCGACAUCGGUUCUGAGGUAGGAGCUACUGUGAGUCAGCCAGUAGCUUCUACAGUAAUCACUUCUCCACUGGCGUUCUCUGAAACGAGUCGGGAUUUAGCAAGUGUUCUGACAACUUCACAAUCGAUCACGUCGCCCGAUAUGAUAAGUUUCGCUCCGUCGAUGUCGGUAGCUACUGGUGUCAGCGUGCUCACAUCAGCUUUAGCUUCUACACCAGGACCAGAAACAAUCACCACCCCAGGACCAUCAGGAAGUGGCUCAGGGGAUUUCCCCACGACAAUAUCACCGAGUCCAGUCAGCUCCACAGCUCCAGUCCUCACGUCUUCGUCACCGCUGGUCGACGAAACAACAACUGCAUUGCUUUCCGAUUCUCCUUCCAUGCCCAUUCUGGAAACGAUCUCUUCUGAAGGUCCGUCCGGAAGUGGUUCGGGUGACUUUACAACUAUGCCAGUUAUUAUCCCUGACUCUACAACUCCAAUGGUCAGUCAGCCCGAUUUCUCCACGAUUGACGCAGAGGUAACGUCUGGUCUGGGUACUUCUAUCGGUAUGGUGAGAACUGUGUCAAUGUCACCAGCAGCGUUCACGACUCAAAUCUCACCGUCUUCUUCUAUCCCGGCCCCUUCAAGCAGUGGAUCGCCAAUCGGAAGUGGCUCCGGGGAAUUCCCCUCGAGUUCUCUACCGGAACUGCCGACGCCUGCGUCACCGUCGACCGAGUCAACCGCACUGUCAUCGCCCACCAUUGAAACUUUGAGUAUCUUUCCAUCCACAGAAUCCACUAUAUCAUUAUCCAUUGCUCCCACUGCUGCUAGUACUCCUGUGCAAACCAGCACUGGUACUGACUCUGUCAGGGAAACUAGUAUUCUGCCAGGCUCCGUUGUUGUUACUAGCAGCCUGGCUGUCUCUGUUGUGGAUACUAGCAACGUUAUUGGCUCCGGAUCGGGAUCAGGUUCCGAGGGACCCGAAACGCAGUUUGCAACCGCGUCGCCGACUCUGGCUACAAUAUCGUCUGGUGUGGCGUCACCCAGCGGGAUCAUGGUCACUGCCUUCACGAGCACAGCGUCAUCAUCCACCAUUGUCGAUAUCCCAGGCACAACGAUGUCUAGCCGACCAGGGAUUGAUCCAUCACUUCCUACAGUUCGGUCCUCCAGCAUGCCCACUGCGAUUCAUCCAUCUGCCACGGUUGACUUUACAAGUUCAACGAUAAGCAUGACAGCCACACAACCUGCUGGGAUGUCAUCUGUUGCUAUUCCAACUACCGAAGUCGCAAUGAUCUCCUCCUCCUCCGACGCAACAAGCACUGUGAUAUCCCGCCCGUUGGAGCUCACAACAACAACUUUUGUGCUAUCUUCAACAGGACUCACAGGGACAGAACCAUCCACCACCGUAGAGACAACACGCUUCAUGACGGCAAUGUCAUCCGACGUUGGUGCUCCACUCCUAUCAACGGUGCUGACCGAGUCGCUUUCAGUGUCAUUGAGUGAUAUCACUCUGCUGAGCACGGAGGAUUUCUUCAGCGCUCUUUUGUCUGCAACUACGCCUGUUGAGCCACUGCUUUCCACGUCCAUCGAAACGAUUCGCGGAUCGUCGUCAGCAGACAUCGUGCGCACAACGAGCCCCACUGUUGCAAGCUCACUCAUCUUGCCCGGAGAAACCACUAUGAUGUCAUUGGAAAUCCCUGUGACAUCAUCAUCAUCUGUGCUACCCGGUAGUAGCACCGAGCCGGUACGUGCUUCGCCAGUCGCUACUACCACAGCCACAUCAAGUAGUGUGUCAUCUGCGGCACCAGCGACAUCAUCGAUUGCCCAGCUGACGUCAUCCAUCUCGAUUUCAGAUCCCAUCAUGUCGUCACUGACAGUAACCACACCGACACGGUCACUCACUGUGGUGCCGAGUGUGCAAUUGAGUGUUAGUAGUACCCAGUCCAUGCUAUCACAACCUGUCAGUACAAGCAUAACCAUGGUUACAUCAACAAGCUUGGUUGAAUCGACAGCGACGACAAGCCGUAUGCCUGCACUACCAACAACACAGCCACCGGCGACGAGUGCGAUCACCAUGACGACGGUCGUCACAAGCACUGAACCCGCUACUCUAGAGCCAACGACUGCUCCGGCUGAAAGCAACAUUACCACCUCGUUGCCAAUAACGACAGAGCAGCCAACAAAUGACAGCGUUACGAAUGCAACAACCGAAACUGCAACAACCGUGCCGAUUACGACGAGUGAGAAUACGUCAACUACGCAACCGCCAACUGAGCCGCUAAUAACUACGCCGCCCGAGGUGAUUGUGACGACAACAGAACCGGUUGUACCUAACGACUUGUGGGUCAUUGUUCGAAUCGAGCUACCAAGUGACAAUGCAGAGCAAUUGCAGCUCGGCUUCGGGUUGUCCGAGUACAAUCGCCGCAAAGAGCAACAGCUUUUGCUUUCGUAUUUUGAGGCUUUGGUGCAGGAAGAGCAGCUUCAGGCAACCACCAGUCCUCCAGGCGAGCGUCCUCCAGCUGAGGAGAACGCGGAAGGCAGGCGUCGGCGUAGCAUGGCCAGCCUUCUUGUGGCACUACUGAGAACGAAGAGACAGACUGGUGAUGAAGUGCGUGUCAAUGUGACCGGGACUGAGCUCUCGCCCACCUCUGCAUAUGGCGACAUCUUCAUGUAUGCGCGACGGAAUGGUGAGGUGGAAUCUCCAGGACGGGUUGCCUCACUACUUGGGGAGACCCUCCCCAGGACGCGUCUCAGCAGCCUUAUUCAGAGCUCGGUUGUGGGAGUGUACAUGUUUGCAGCCAGACCUGAAUUCCCUGAAGUGGGAGCAGUGCCCGGCAGUGAACUGCCUGUGCCCGAGUGGGGGAUAUUUCUCAUUGCUCUGGGCGGCGUACUCUUGAUCAGCCUGAUCAUCAUCCUGCUCAUUCGGAAGAGGGGACGCACUAAACGUGUUGACAUGCUUCAGGCUGCCCUGAGGACCGACACAGAAAAGGGAGUGGUCUUGACACAGCAUGGCAAGAGGCGCAAGGCAUGGCGCUCUGGACAGGGACAGGGAGAAGAGCUGCCGGUGAUGAUGGAGCGUUCCGAGACCAUGGACAGCCGGCAGAGACGCGCACUGUCACCGCUCGGUGCAGCACUGGAGAACAGAAACGCCGAAGAACUUGUUGCGUACAGAGAAGAGCAAGAGAUGAUGGAGGGUGCACCAGGCGAAAUGGGCGAGGAGACCAGCGACGACGAAGCAUUCGUUAGAGCAGCUCCGAAGGCAAAGCAGAGGACCAGACCUGGCAAACCGGCAGAGCCUGCGAAGCGCCAGUCAGCGUAUGUCCGGGCCGCCGACAGCGAAGAUGAAAAUGAAGACGAGUACCUUUUUCCUUCACAGCAGGGCACGGCCGAGGCAGAAUCAACUUUGCCGACAAGCAGACAGGCACGCGUUAUGCUCUCUGCCAGCCCGAUGUUGCCAUCGCAGGCCGGAGCAGCCAUGGUGGAGGACGGAGAGACAAUGGAAAUACGACCAAGAAAUGUGCAUACAAUUCAGGAGGCAGCAUCUCCGCAGCCGUUCGCCGAAGACACCGACCUUUUCAACUUCACAAACCCUAUGAUGGAGGAUGUCGGCGCGGACUUCGUAUUUGCAAACGUGUCUCAAGCAAAGAGGAAGCCAUUGGGAACGCUAACCGGUGGCAUUGCUGAAGGGACUCCGGCAAGUCAUGAGGCAGCAGGAACAGCGGCAGUGAGCGAGCUGAUGCUAACGGGUCAGGUCGAAGCGGAGUCUGCCGGACGCAAGAGCAAACGGCACAAGGACAAGAGAAAGUCAUCGGACGUGGAGAGGGAGACUCGUGAUGCACUGCGAGCCCAGGAGUCGGCCGUGCGGAUACAGAAACAAGAAAUGUGGGCGCAGUCGCGUGCAAGUCAGGCCGAACAGGAGAUCGAGGAAGCUAACAGGGCAAAGCAUAAGGUGGCUGAACAGCGUGGUGAGCUACCGGUGGGUGCCGACGUGAGAAAACCACUGCCAGCUGUCAAACGACAAAAGCAACGCGAGAAGCGUGCUAGGAAGUUCUCCAGGAAAGUGCAGCCUCUUGGUGACUCCGACAUCGUCUACAGUCAUCAGCCACACGCGGUUACCCAGGACUUGCGACAAGCAGCCGGGUACCGACCAAAGCAGCCUGACGUGUUCCAGAGUGGUGCAGCUACAGCAGCCUCGGAACAGCGGGAUGAAACUGAGCCUGGAAUGGCAAAGAAGAUGAGUGCUGUGGACGUUGCCAAGGUUGCGCGCCUCAUGGUGGCCAGUGUGGAUCCACGCUCACGUCAACACCAGGACGCAGUGCAUGAAAUGGAUAUGUUGACCGGGGACACCGCCGAAGCACCGCCACUCACCUCCUACAAACAAAUCGGUACUGGCGAGAAUCUCCGGAGACGAUCCAAGUCUCCACCGACUUUGGCAGAGGGUGGUGUAACAGUUCCUGUAAAACAUCCCGAUGAAGGAGAUGCUGCUGUUGGAUCUCAACAGGUUCUAGCAAGCCGUCCCGCGGUCGACACAGCAGCGGAGGUCGACGGCAGACGAGCCGCAGACCCGGUUGCCAUAGCAUCACCAACGGCAACCGAUUCGGACGUGUCACAUGACGCGUCUGCUGUGUCCGCACGGGCCCACUUACACCGUGUUGUGGACGAGGCAUUCUCAUUGCUGGGUCGUCAGCGUCGCAGAUCUGCUACUGUUGCUCCAGCAGAAGAUUUCCUGUCAGAUUCGUCCACUGGAACAAGCAGGAGGAAGCCCUCUCGCAAGCAUAAGCCCAGUCAGGACUUGCUGCGCCUUGCAGAGGCGGCAGAGCCAUUCAUCGCCAGCUACAAGCACCUGAGCAGAGAGGAGCGCUUGGACUUGUUCGGUGGUGGACGCCAGCGCAGUACAGCGUGGAGUGAGGCGUCCACAGACACGGAUGCUGGUGCAACCAGAUCCGCGGCUAAGGCAAGACCCAGCAGGGCAGCACCUUCGGCGGCAACCGCACGGCCUCAGAAUCCGAUCGCAUCCAGCACGGCCAAGGACAGCCAGAUCAGCAGUUCAUCUGCCGACGACACCUCUGACCCGGACACGGCUGGUCGUCAUGGCGCUGCAGCAACACGGCGGGGUAAGAGCCAGCAGCAGGCACAGCGACAACAGCCUGAGCAGAAGAGGAAGGCCACACCAGUAGUUACGGCAUCAAAGAAAGAUCCAGGGCAAGAUGAUGUACACGGCACACCAGCAUCCUUGUCCCAUCAAAUCCCAAUGGCCCGACGCCACCAAGCUGUCCCCGUGAUGCCCACGUCAACGCGGCCCACUCAGCCGCCGAGCCGACAACAAGAGGUCAACAGAGUCCUGGAUACAAUUGGCCAACCACAAUUGGGACGGGGUCCUACAGAAGCAUGGUCAGCUACUGCCAGUCCAGCAGGUCCUGCUCUGUUUAGAAGUCCAGUACCCAUGGUAACUGAAGUCACUCAGCCGGAUGGCCAGUCCACAGUAGAGGCAGCAGCAACAGCACAUCAGCCUACACCAGCAGGUGUGAUUGGUGACUUGUCCACAGUCUAUCCAGCAGGACCUGCACAAGGCGUUGGUGCCGCACCAGCACAGUUUGCAGCACCUGGACACAUGAUGGAGUCGCAACUAGCCGGCGGCUUUGUCCAAAGCCAAUGGGCAACAACGCCGGGUGUAGUUGAGACCCCGACUGGAACGCUCAAACUCACACCAGUCCAAAUUACCCGAAAUACCCAAGGCCGUGAAGUUCUGACAGCUGUUCCUGACGCACAGCAGCAGCAGCAACAGCAGGCACCGGGAGCAGUGUAUCCGCUAAUCCAGCCGCAGGCAUUGGGGGUGACACAUCCUGCAGCAGCGCCAGCGCCCGUACCCACUACUGUGCCAGGACAGUACAUGUCAUCUGCACCUGCUCCUCUCCCACCUGGUCCUCUUCCACCUGGUCCCGGUGGUCUGGCUGGGAGCAGCACCGCGCAACUACCUCCGCAUCUAGCAGAUCACCCGCUUCGACCGUUACAUCGACAUCGUCAAGCCGCCCCAACCCUUCAUUCACUGUCGAUGCAAGCACCCGUACCGCUUCUGAACACAACGGGCACGGUUCUUCAACCCAGCGGUCUAAGUGCACAGACAGCGGGUCCCUCUCAGCAGAGUGCUGGAGGAUCAACUCACAGUCCACUUGUUGCUGCUAUUCGCCAGGAGCUGCUUCGCAUGUCAGUACGACCCUCCUCGCUUGCCCCACCGCAGCCACUACAGCCCAAGUCGCAAGCACCCCAGCGGCAGCCACAGCAGCAGCGGCCGCCACAGCGAGGACAGCAGAAACCUGGCCAAGGACCUCAACCACCGCCACCGCCACCACCGCUACCGCCUUGAGACUAGCUGAUAGCUGCCCACGUGAAAUUCACACACGUACAAGGUAACACUGAUGAGAAUGGCUGGAGUAUAUAGGCUCUUCAUGCAUAUGCUCCUGCACUGGUCUAUUCAUGAUCUUGAGCUGGUCAGAUGGCACGCAGGGAGCACAUACCCUACUCGCACCGUCGGGAAUGAGAAGACCGCUGAGCUGUGCUCUGUACUAGCCAUCGGUGAGAACACUUGUCGCCAAUACUCAGCACAAAAAUGCAAGCGCGAGUCACACACAGGCAGAGUGAUGACAUCCACGCACCCGCAUGCACAUACACACACUCCCUUGCCAACGGCACACAGCACACUCCCUUGCCAACGGCACACAGCACUCCCUUGCCAACGGCACACUCCCUUGCCAACGGCACUCCCUUGCCAACGGCACACAGCACACCCUUGCCAACGGCACACACAUUGUACCAAUAGGUAGGACAUAAUCCGAAUCAGGUAGCAUCUGACUUUUUGAAUUUUGAAUCCACUUGAUCAUGAGAUAAAUUGGCUGUUUAUGUAUCAUGUGUAUGUUCUCUCUAUUUAAUUGUGAGGUCUUGGUUUUUAUCCAGCUUGAAAGUUUAGUUCUUGUCUUUUGAGCUCUUUAUUGAUUACUCUGUUCAGAGUAGGUGGCCUGCAUUCAGAGAACAGAGUAGGUGGCCUGUGUUCAGAGAACAGAGUAGGUGGCCUGUGUUCAGAGAACAAGAGUAGGUGGCCUGUGUUUCUUACCGAGUGUUAGCUAGAUUAUGUGCACCUUAAACAAAAUACACUUAUUUUUUGUC